GGAAGGGAGCAGAAAUAUGUGAGGCUGUCUGACCUAACAUUUGAAGCCUUUUUAAAAGAAGUGUGCCUGAAAUUUAACAUAGUAGAAGGCAGUCAGCUGAAGGUUUAUGACCUGACAGACACAGAAGUUGACGCAGAGGUUUUUGAAGAACUAGUGAAGGAGUCACCUGGAACCUUGAAAGUAAAACUGAGCAUUGAUGAACAACCUGGUGCCUCUCAGUCAUCAUCAUCCACAGCAUCUGAUGACACUAUUAUUUUGAACUUUACAAUGUGCGACCCUCCUGAAGAAGCAGCCACUUCUGAAGGAAGUCAAGCUAAAAGGCCAUGCCAUAUAAACUAUGAAGCAAGAGCAAUGAUAGAAAAAAAUUCUCACAUCAAAACCUGGCGGUGACCGCAUCAUGCAAGAGUAUGAAAAAAACAAAUCUCUGACAGAUGCAACCAGAAGACUGAUGAUAAACAUACUUACUGCUGAGAUGACAGACGCACAUGGGACAUCUCCCCCUAAAAGUGUAAGAGUAAUGAAUGCGCAAGGGAUAGUUGCCUUAUUUCCAUAUCUGGAAAACCCAUAUUCACAACACGGAUAUGAACAUUACUAUGAUCCAGAGAGUGGUUCAGGAUACCUUGCAUGGCGGUUGAAGACCAUUCAAAGAAAAACUGCAGAAGAAAGAAGUGUGUCAGGCAGCAAAUCUGCUAAAAUUGGUGGGCCAAGCCCUGGUCGAUCUAGACCCUUCACGACUGACACAGUGUUAUCAGAUGAGGAUGUUGAAUCAGCGAUUGCUGUCUUGAGACACUCUGCGGAUGAAAACACUAUCCGUGAGAAAAUGAAAGCUACCUUCAAUUAUCGUCACUCAAUGGUCAGUGAUGAUAGGAAAUCACCAGAUGUCUUCUCAGUUUUUCCACGGUUUCUUGACACACCUGGACUAAUAGAACAAGACUUUCGACUCCUAUUUGGUGAGGCCACUGCCAACAAAUUCUUGGAGAAGUGGGCCACCAAUCUUAAAACCAAAAUUGUAAAGGAAAGCCAUGGACUGGUUCCAAACACAGAGCUCCUGGAGUUAAUGAGCAAUGCUGAGUCAGCUGCUGAAGUCGAGAUUGGGUGGGACAGUGACAUGUCUGCUAUCUUGCUGCUGCUACAUCUUUUACCACCAUCGGCGCAAGGUCGAAAGAGACCUGGAAAAAUGUCAGCAUCUCAAGCUGUUGAUAACCUUAUACGAUUCCUUAAGACUGGGACCAGUGUACAGCAACAUCUAGACAACAUCACCAUAAGCCAUCAGCCCUACCUUCUUGCUCAGGGACCCACAAGAAGCAGGAUUCACACCUUCUUCAUUGUGAUCGACAAGCUUGCACUUCCAUGUAAGGCUACAGAUUCAGUGGGAGCCCUUGAUGAACUCUUUAAGGCUCACUAUGUCUUUGGCACAUCAUACUGUUUUGCCCUGACCAAUUUUUUCACUUUUCUGCAAACAACCGUUUACAACAUUGAUGUUGGAAAAACAAAGGAAACUCCUAGAGUUGCAGAGUUACGAGCAAGAAUACUACAUUAG